CUUGUGAUUAGGUCUAUAAAAACUAAAAAAGAAAAAAAAAACCCUAAAUCAAAAAUCGAAAAAAAUACAAUAAAAUGUUAGAACUGUCGACUUCACGCCAAUACAAACAUCAAACGAACCCCAAAAUUCCGGUUGGCGAAAUUCCCUGUUUCGAUCUACUUCCGAGCAAAGUUCAAGACAAACCCCUCAAAAUCUCCCAUCCCAACACAUCGCCAAGUCGCUCUUGGAUGCCGCCUCCGCCAUCCAAUUAGCUUCGGAGCCAAUAAAAAAGGAAAAAUAAAAUUAAAAAAAAAUUCUCGAUGGCGAUUCUUUAUGCAGUGGUGGCUCGAGGCACGGUGGUUCUGGCUGAGUUUAGCGCCGUGACAGGGAACACCGGGGCGGUGGCACGACGGAUCCUCGAGAAACUUCCGGAAGCGGCUGAUUCAAGACUCUGCUUCUCGCAAGAUCGUUAUAUCUUUCAUAUACUUAGAUCCGAUGGCCUUAGUUUUCUCUGUAUGGCUAACGAUACCUUUGGAAGGAGAAUUCCAUUUUCGUACUUGGAGGAUAUUCACAUGAGGUUCAUGAAAAACUAUGGCAGAGUGGCUCAUUAUGCACCAGCAUAUGCAAUGAAUGAUGAGUUCUCACGGGUGUUGCAUCAACAAAUGGAGUUUUUCUCCAGUAAUCCUAGUGCAGAUACUCUCAAUCGUGUUAGAGGUGAAGUGGGUGAGAUACGUACAAUUAUGGUGGAAAACAUUGAGAAAAUACUAGAGAGAGGCGACAGGAUUGAGCUUCUUGUUGACAAAACAGCGACAAUGCAAGAUGGUGCAUUUCACUUCAAGAAACAGUCUAAACGCCUUCGUCAAGCACUUUGGAUGAAAAAUGCCAAACUCUUGGCCCUGUUGACCUGCUUGAUUUUACUGUUACUGUACAUAAUAAUUGCUGCUUGCUGUGGAGGCAUCACUCUACCUUCAUGCAGAUCCUGAGUGGCAGUCUUACCGGUUUAAAUUUCUGCUGAGGUAUGCAUUUAUCUUCAAGAUUAUAUGUGCAAGUUUGUCCCAAGGGGGCUCCUUUGUUUCUAGUUCAAGGUUUCGAGGCAUUUUUGGAAACAGUGUUUAUACUGCUCAAGAUUCCAGAAAGAUCUGUAUAUUUCGUAGCUGUUGCUGUACCUCACCUAGAUAUUUAUCUUGGAAGAAUGAGUUGCCGUUACAUCGUUGCCGGUCAUAUUUGUGUUCUGUAAAUGCAUGGAAUUUGGUAUCUAUUAUUUGUUUUCAGUGUUUUUAAAACUGCUAUUUGCAAUUUCAUAAAAUUGUCUGCUACUUCACAUAAGCAACUGUUCAAUCAUUUUAGUUCAGGGGUAUUUAUAUUUUUCUUUCCCUUUUACUCUCUGUGUUUAAUCGUUAAAGUUCUUGAUUAACUUUGACCUCUCUCAUUCACUUACUUGCAGAACAUAUUGUGCAUUAUAGCUAGUAGAAAUGCAGGUUGAUAGUAAGUUGGGUCAAAUUUUUUCUUUUUGUAUUAUGUUGCUGACUAGGUUUUAAGACAUAUCAUAUGGAUGUUAUGAAGUGUUAAACUUCUAACAGUAGAUGAUGUAAUUUUUCAUGCCAAGCUUGAUUGACUACUUCUGCUUUAA